ACACAAUCCAAGAGCGGAUUUGGUUUCAGGUUGAACUUUUAAUGAUAGGAAAUGGUUUGACCUUUCUUUCCUGACCCUCUACCCUGCAACUCCUAUUCUCCAUUUCCAUUUUCCAUUUUCCAUUUUCCAUUUUCAUUUUCAUCUUGCUGCAGAGAACUCUCUUCUCCUCUGAUUGUGGUGACUGCCUUUCAUUUUCUUGUUUUCUUUCUCACCAGCCCUAUUCAUUCUCAGUCCUUAUUGAUCUUAUAUUCAGCUUCACUAUCCUUGCUUCACUCCCCAAACACCAUUUUCAUUAUCAUUUUUCUGAUGUGGUUCUCGCUCUGCUCCUUUUCCUGAUAAAAGUCUCAAUUUCCUUAAUUUCGGUCUUGGCAAUACUGAUUCCCAUAUCUGGCAGCCUGUGGUUGCUUUACCCCUGGUGUUUUUUGUUUUCUGUCAUUUGUGGUCCAAAAGAGGGGAAAAAAAAAAAAGAAUCCCAAGUAGAAAAUGGUAGAAAUUGUUGUUUCGGUUGCAGCAAAAGUUUCAGAGUACCUGGUCGCUCCAGUUGGACGUCAGUUGGGUCACUUGUUUAACUACCGCACCAACGUUGAGGACCUCUCUCAACAGGUUGCCAAGCUGAGGGAUGCCAGGGCUAGGCAGCAGCAUUCUGUGGAUGAAGCUAUUAGGAAGGGACAUAAAAUCGAGGAUGAUGUUUGCAAGUGGUUUACACGUGCUGAUGGGUUCAUACAAGUUGCUUGCAAAUUCCUAGAAGAAGAGAAGGAAGCACAGAAGACUUGUUUCAAUGGGUUGUGCCCUAAUUUGAAGUCCCGGUACCAGCUAAGCAAGGAAGCAAGGAAGAAGGCAGGGGUUGCUGUUGAAAUCCAUGGAGAUGGCCAAUUUGAGAGGGUAUCCUAUCGUCCCCCUCUGCUAGAGAUAGGGUCUGCACCUCCCAAAGCUUGCAAAGCUUUAGAAUCUAGAAUGUUGACUUUGAAUGAAGUUAUGAAGGCCUUAAGGGAUGCUGAUAUCAACACAAUCGGGAUAUGGGGAAUGGGUGGCGUCGGGAAGACAAUGUUGGUGAAACAAGUGGCUGAACAAGCUGCGCAAGAGAAGCUAUUCGACAAGGUGGUCAUGACAUCUGUGUUCCAGACUCCAGACUUCAGAAGAAUUCAAGGAGAAAUUGCAGACAUGCUAGGUAUGAAAUUUGAGGAGAGUGAACAGGGAAGAGCAGCUCGACUACAUCGGAGGAUCAACGAAGAGAAGACCAUCCUCAUUAUCUUGGAUGAUAUUUGGGCGGAAUUUGAGUUGGAGAAAAUAAGAAUUCCUUCUCCAGACAACCACAAGGGAUGCAAAUUAGUGCUAACUUCUAGAAAUAAACACGUCUUAUCAAAUGAGAUGAGUACUCAAAAGGAUUUUGGAGUUGAACAUUUACAAGGAGAUGAAGCAUGGAUUUUAUUUAAGAAUAUGGUGGGAGAUUCCAUUGAGAAUCCAGAUUUGCUACCUAUAGCAACUGAUGUAGCAAAAGAAUGCGCGGGUUUGCCAAUUGCAAUAGUAACAGUGGCAAAGGCAUUGAAAAACAAGAAUGUGUCUAUUUGGAAGGAUGCCCUGAAACAACUGAAAACGCAAACCUCUACAAACAUAACAGCAAUGGGAACAAAGGUAUACUCAACUCUGAAGUUGAGCUACAAACACUUGGAGGGAGAUGAAGUGAAGUCAUUGUUCUUGCUUUGUGGUCUAUUUUCUAAUUAUAUUGAUAUUAGGGACUUGUUGAAAUAUGGUAUGGGUCUGCGAUUAUUUCAAGGAACUAAUACAUUGGAGGAAGCAAAAAAUAGAAUAGAGACAUUGGUUGACAACCUCAAAGCCUCAAAUUUGUUAUUAGAAACACACUAUAACGCAGUUUUUAGAAUGCAUGAUGUUGUUUAGAAUGUUGCCUUAGAAAUUGCAUCCAAGGAGCAUCAUGUGUUUACAUUCCAGGCAGAUGUUAGAAUGGAAGAAUGGCCAAAUAUGGAUGAACUCCAAAAGUUCACCAUGAUAUAUCUGGACUGCUGUGAUAUUCGUGAACUUCCAGAAGGGCUGGUAUGUCCAAAGCUUGAACUUUUUGAAUGUUAUUCAAACCACAAUUCGUCUCUGAAAAUCCCAAACACGUUUUUUGAAGGAAUGAAACAACUCAAAGUAUUAGACUUCACUAAUAUGCAUCUUCCAUCACUACCCUCAUCACUUCACUGCCUUGCAAAUCUUCGAACAUUGUGUUUGGAUGCAUGCAAGUUGGGAGACAUUACUAUAAUUGCAGAGCUAAAGAAAUUAGAAAUUCUUAGCCUCAUGGAUUCUGAUAUUGAACAGUUGCCCAGAGAAUUAUCACAGUUGACUCAUCUAAGGCUGUUGGAUUUGAAGGGUUCUUCCAAACUAAAAGUAAUUCCACCAGAUGUCAUAUCAAGUUUGUCCCAGUUAGAGGAUUUGUAUAUGGAAAAUAGCUAUACUCAAUGGGAGGUGGAAGGAAAGAGUAAUGCUUACCUUGCUGAGUUGAAGCAUUUGUCUUAUUUAACCACUUUAGACAUACAAAUACCAGAUGCCAAGUUGUUUCCAAAAGACAUAGUCUUUGAUAAUUUGAUGAAAUAUAGAAUAUUUGUAGGUGAUGUCUGGAGCUGGGAAGAAAACUGUGAAACCAAUAAAACAUUGAAGCUCAACGAGUUCAAUACAAGCCUUCAUCUGGUGGAAGGUAUAAGCAAGUUGUUGAGAGAACCGAAGAUCUACACUUGCGUGGCACUACUAAUAUUCUUUCCAAAUUAGAUAGGCAGGGCUUUCUUAAAUUAAAGCAUCUUAAUGUUGAAAGCAGUCCAGAGAUUCGAUCUAUCAUGAACUCGAUGGAUCUGACUCCAUCACAUCAUGCCUUUCCUGUGAUGGAGACAUUGUUUCUCAGACAGCUGAUUAAGUUGCAAGAAGUAUGCCAUGGCCAAUUUCCAUCAGGGUCCUUUGGUUUCUUGAGAAAAGUAGAAGUGGAAGAUUGUGAUAGCUUGAAAUUUCUCUUCUCAUUGUCUAUGGCUAGAGGCCUUUCACGACUCAAAGAACUAACAAUGACUAGAUGCAAGAGUAUGGGUGAGAUUGUUCCCCAAGGAAGGAAAGAAAUAAAAGAUGGGGAUGAUGCUGUUAAUGUGCCUUUGUUCCCUGAAUUGAGAUACUUGACGUUACAGGACUUACCCAAGCUCGUUAAUUUCUGCUUUGAGGAGAACCUGAUGCUUUCCAAGCCUGUAAGCACAAUUGCUGGUCGUAGUACAUCACUUUUCAACCAAGCGGAGGUAUGGAAUGGCCAACUUUCGCUUUCUUUCGGCAAUCUCUGGUCUCUAAUGAUGCAGAAUUGCAUGUCACUAUUGAAAGUAUUCCCAUCCAGUUUGUUCCAAAGCUUACAGAAUUUGGAAGUACUAAAAGUGGAAAACUGUAAUCAACUAGAAGAAAUAUUUGAUCUUGAAGGGCUAAAUGUUGAUGGUGGACAUGUUGGGUUCCUCCCCAAGUUAGAAGAAAUGUGUUUGAUUGGUUUACCUAAGUUGAGCCAUAUAUGGAACAAAGACCCUCGACAAAUUUUGUGCUUCCAAAACCUGAAAUGGUUGGAAGUGUGUGAAUGUGACAGCUUCAGAUAUGCUUUCCCUUCUUCUAUGGCCUCAGGUUCUAUAGGCAAUAUCAUAUUUCCUAAAUUAACCCAUAUUUCACUGGAAUAUUUGCCCAGGCUGACAAGUUUCUCUCCUGGAUAUCAUACUCUCCAAAAGCUUGACCAUGCAGACCUUGAUAUAUCCCUUUUGAAAUGCUCUUCAAUGAAAGGGUUGCAUUCCCUUAGUUGGAAGAAUUGAUACUGGAUGGCAGUAGAAUCAUAGAAAUAUGGCAAGAGCAAUUUCCAGUGGAGUCCUUUUGCAGACUAAGGGUUCUGAGUAUAUGUGAGUAUAGAGAUAUUUUGGUUGUCAUUCCGUCUUCUAUGCUUCAAAGAUUACAUACGCUGGAAAAACUCACUGUGAGAAGCUGUGGUUCAGUGAAAGAGGUAGUCCAACUUGAGGGACUUGUUGAUGAGGAAAAUCAUUUCAGAGCACUUGCAAGGUUAAGGGAAUUAGAGUUGAUUGAUCUGCCUGAGCUGAAAUAUUUGUGGAAGGAAAAUUCUAAUGUAGGCCCUCAUUUUCAAAAUCUUGAGAUUCUUAAAAUAUGGGAUUGUGACAACUUGAUGAAUUUGGUGCCAUCCUCAGUGUCUUUCCAUAAUCUAGCAAGUCUAGACAUAUCCUACUGUUGCAGUCUGAUAAAUUUGCUACCACCCUUGAUAGCUAAAAGUCUGGUGCAACUCAAAAUAUUCAAAAUAGGUAGAUCGGAUAUGGAGCUUUGUGGUUUGCCAAUUGGAGGAGAGAACGCAGGAGAUGAAAUUACUUUCUGCAAAUUGGAAGAGAUGGAGCUUUGUGGUUUGCCAAACCUCACAAGCUUCUGUUCAGGGGUUUAUUCAUUAUCAUUCCCAGUCUUGGAACGUGUGGUGGUGGAAGAAUGCCCUAAGAUGAAAAUUUUCUCUCAGGGCCUCUUGGUUACACCAAGGCUAGACAGAGUAGAAGUUGGAAAUAAUAAAGAGCAUUGGAAGGAUGACCUUAACACCACUAUCCACCUGUUAUUUAACACAUGGCGAUUGUGAUCUUGAGAUUGUGGAAUUGGGAGCUGCUUCAGCAAUGCGAUUACACCAUGUCUAGUUCUCGUGCGACUUCAGUUGCUGUGGUUGUCAAGUUGUGGGGUUGAGGAAAUUGUUGCAAAGGAAAAUGGGAUAGAGACAAUGCCUAGUUUUGUAUUUCCUGAACUGAAGAAUCUGACACUUCACCAUCUAGUACCCAGGAAUACAUACUUUGGAAUGGCCAUUGUUGAAACAACUUAGAGUGGAUAAAUAUUUUAAAGUCAACUUAUGUGGAUACAGAAUUCCAACAUUCCAAGGAAUACAUCUGGAGGGAAACUCCAACAUACAACAGCCCCUUAUCAUGGCCCAACA